AAAUAUAAAUAGCGUGGUACUUUGGCAGAUGAGUCGGGUUGGGGGUCGUUCUGUUCAUUCACUACUAUCCAGUUCUACAGAGAAAUAAGCAUUGCAACCGGUUUGGCAAGAAAUGUAUUCACCUUUAAAUCAUAGACUUAUUUUCAGCUUUACUGAAGUUUUAUCAAUUGGGUAGUGUUGGUAAUCUUACGGAAGUACGUUUGCAAUAUAUUCAAGUACACAAAGUUGCAUUCAGCUCCACUGACUUACAUUAAUUAACUUGUCACUUUCCAUGGAAAAGUCUGCAAACGUUUGGCGUUUGGAGCGUUGAGUACUGGGUUUGAAUCCUAAUGGGAACAACACUCACUGGGGUGCAGAUACAUCCAGCUGACGAGUCUCUAGUGGGAUGAAACGCGCGUCCUGCAUUCCACUGCUGGCCAUCAAAGAGACUACAAUGUGCCUACGUCUCAUAAUUAUUAUUAUGUUUAAUCGCAAUCCACGGUGAUUCAAAUCAAGAUGAAAUUCUUCUCAUGGACAUAUUUCAGUGAAGUUUUCAUGGGUCUUGAUGCACCCUUGGAGGAUGGCAAACCGAUUCGUGGUGGCUUCUACAAGAGUUCACAAACUUUUUCUCCGCUUGCUGAAUUUAUGCAUGUUCCCCUGGAUCAAAUAAACUACGUUGUUAGUGGAGUGGUUAGCUUCGCUCUUGGCCAACUGAUGCGACAUCAUCUGUCACCUCAAAAGUGUUCCCCUCGAAUUCGUGCACUUAUUGAAACUGUAUUCGGUCUACUUCUAUUAUCAUUUUGCUUUGGAAAUCAACUAAGAGUUUUAUUAUUGCAAUCAAGUAUUGCUUACCUAUUAAUGGUUUGUUUGCCUCACAAUCAUUUCAUGGCUGUAUUGGUAACAGUUUGGUCAUUAUUCUACCUAACACUAGUUCAUUUCUGUCGGUUACAAUACGAUUAUGGUGGAUAUACUUUAGAUAUUUCUGGACCUGUUAUGGUACAAACUCAACGACUUUCUAGUCUAGCUUUUAAUCUUGUUGAUGGUGCAAUGAUUCGAAAACAGCGGAAUUCUAUUUGUAUCAAAAAACAACAAGUCAACCCUCCUAAUGAUUCAGUCAACUGUGAUUCAGUUGAACAAUUUCAAAUACUGUCAUCUAGUCGCAGACGAAAUACAUAUACUUCUCUAGAUUCAAUAGUAACCCCGAACACGAGUUUGAACCCUAUUCAUUAUCAUAAAUCAAAUCAUUGCAAAACAAUAGAGAAUGAAACAUUUGAUAAACAUUCAAUAUUAAUAAAUAUGCCUGCAAGUCAUAAAACGCAUGCAGUUGAAAAAAUUCCAGAUCCAAUAAUAUUUUUUUCAUAUAUGCUGUAUUUUCAUGGUGUAUGUAUUGGACCAUUUAUCUUCUACUCGGAAUAUAUGGACUAUCUUAAAGGUUAUGAUACGGGAGAACUGCCUCCAAUCAAUAUUCGUUAUCUGAUCACCUUAUUUCUACGUACCCUAGCUUCAGGUCUGUCAGCGGCUUACUUGUGUCCUUACUUUCCUUUUGAAUUUGUAUUAACUGAAGCAUUUGAGCAUUAUUCAAUACUUCAUCGAAUUUUGUACGUAACAAUAUCUUUAUUCCUUAUUCGACAAAAGUAUUAUUUUGCAUGGGGUUUGGCUGAAGUCAAUGGAGUAGCUAUUGGUGCUGGAUAUACUGGUCACUGUCCAAAUACAGGUGAAACACUGAACUAUAAUGUUCGUAAUUUUGAUUUUAUUAAAGUUGAAUCCGGAGUUGGCUUAAAAGAUGUUGUGGAUGCAUGGAAUAUAUCCACCACACGUUGGUUACGUGAAACAUUUUAUGAUCGUCUUCCUGUUUCUUAUCGUACAAUGCUUGUGUUUAUAAUAAGUGCUUUUUGGCAUGGCUUUUAUCCUGGAUAUUAUAUAAUGUUUUUGUCAUUUGCCCUUUUCACUGCGGCCUCUCGUAUUUGGCGUCGACAAUAUCGUCAGUAUUUUCAUAAAACUUCUCUUAGUGUCCAUCUAUACGACAUGUUCACUAUGAUACUUACCAAUCUAAUAAUUAAUUAUGGACAAGCACCAUUUCAUUUACUAGAUUUCUAUGCAUCUUUAAAAUUUUUGCGUUUAUUUUAUUUUAUACCUCAUAUAAUUGCUUCCAUUAUUGUGAUUAGUUACUCUUUGAAGUCAUAUGUCACAUUGGUAGACAGUGGUGACGGUAGUCAUAUACAUCAAAAGGUAUUACCGUCAAGUCAUGAUCGUAGUGUCGGAGGCUACUGACUAUGAAGCAUUUUGUUGUCUAGUCACUCUGUUUUUAUUUUCCUGGGGGCUAUAUUAUCACCAUCAUCAUCAUCAUCAUCAUCACCAGUGUUGUCCGUCUUCUGCCUACAUAGUGGUUUCUAUCAUUUUUUUGUGUCAUAUUUCACUCUUUCUGCAUAGUUGCCAUUUGUACUUCUUUUGUCUACUGUCGUUUUUCAGCUUUUGAUUCAUUAUUUUCUAUAAAAAUCACUAUAUUAUUAUAUGUAUAGCUAUACAUGCGUAUAUCGCUUCAUCAACAUUCUUGUUUGGUAGUCAUUACCGUCGUUCAGAGUGUCAACUGUUUUUGCCUUUUUUUGGUACUAUAUGCGUGCUUGUCCACUGGACAACACUUCCCGAUGCUUUUGUUUUCCACUUCUGGAUAGAGUUCAUAUGCACCCACCUAUCUACACUAACCCUCUUAUCCCUUGAGGAUUUCUACCCUAACUGUGUAUGCCUUUAAAAUUACUACUUUAACUUUUAUUAUUACUACUCUAACAUAUAUGUAUGUUACUUUGAUCUUCAUGAAGAAUUUUCGAAUUGUGCUUUACCCCUCUUUCAUUUGAUAACUGAUUAUUUGUGUAUAUAUAAAUACUCCGAAAGUUUUCGCGA